ACAGGCUGUCAUGGCGACUCCCAAUAACGUUACUCCCACCAACUGCAGCUGGUGGCCCAUCUCGGCGCUGGAGAACGACGCGGGGAAAUCCAAGGAGGGGGAGGAAAAUCAGGAUCCGACGGACCCCGCUCUCAGAUCCCAGGACAGGCUGGUUUUGUACCACUGGACCCAGUCCUUCAGCUCCCAAAAGGUGCGGUUGGUCAUCGCUGAGAAGGGGCUGCCCUGCGAGGAGCGGGAUGUCAGCAUGCCGCUGCUGGAGCACAAGGAGCCCUGGUUCAUGCGGCUCAACCUGGGCGAGGAGGUGCCCGUCAUCAUCCACCGGGACAACAUCAUCAGCGACUACAACCAGAUCAUCGACUACAUGGAGAGGAACUUCACGGGAGAGAACGUCCCCCAGCUGAUCCCUGAGCCUGGGACCCUGCUGCACUCGCGGGUGCUGCAGUACCGGGAGCUGCUGGACUCGCUGCCCAUGGAUGCCUACACGCACGGCUGCAUCCUGCACCCCGAGCUCACCACCGACUCCAUGAUCCCAAAGUACGCGACCGCUGAGAUCCGCAGGCAUUUGGCUAACGCCAGCACGGAACUGAUGAAGCUGGACCACGAGGAGGAGCCGCCGCUGACAGAGCCGUACCUCUCCAAGCAGAAGAAGCUCAUGGCCAAGAUCCUGGAGCACGACAACGUGAACUACUUGAAGAAAAUCCUGGGGGAGCUGGGAAUGGUGCUGGACCAGAUCGAGGCUGAGCUGGAGAAGAGGAAGCUGGAGUACCAAGGGCAGAAGUGUGAACUUUGGCUCUGCGGAUGUGUCUUUACCUUGGCCGAUAUCCUGUUAGGAGCUACCUUGCAUCGCCUCAAGUUUCUAGGACUCUCUAAGAAAUACUGGGAGGAUGGCAGCAGACCUAACCUACAGUCCUUCUUCGAUAGGAUACAAAAACGCUUUGCCUUCAGGAAAGUCUUGGGAGACAUACAUACCACGCUGCUCUCUGCGGUGGUACCCAACGCCUUCAGGCUGGUCAAGCGGAAACCUCCCUCCUUCUUUGGAGCCUCCUUCCUGAUGGGAUCUCUGGGGGGAAUGGGAUAUUUUGCUUAUUGGUACUUAAAGAAAAAAUACAUCUAAUGCUGGCAGCUUGGUGUUUAGUUUGGUGUCUCUGUGCUGUGUGAAAUUAUGACGAAGCUUCAGUAACUGUAACGAAAUCUGAGGCAAGGUAUGAAUAAUAAUAUUGUUUAAUGUAACAUUCCGUAGUCUAGAAGUAGAAAAGUAUACUGCAAGGAAAUAACAACAACAAAAAUGCAUUGACUUGUAAAUGCCUUUGUUAGGUUUAAGUAUUCCACUCCAGCCGGAGGCUCCGGGGCUGGCCUGGCUCCCCACACCCACUGGGAAGCGCUGCUGGUGCAGCUCCAGGGGGAGAUGGGCACCUCGAGGAGCUCCCUACACCCAGGUUAACAGUGGGACUUGGAUAGUCAGCCCUAUUCGUGUUUCCAGAGCGUUCACCGGCCACAUUUCAAACAUACAAGUAGUGGGGACUUUCUUCUUCUGGAAACCAGUGUUGUGCUUGAAGGCUUUUCUGGGGGCAGGGUGCGGUAGCUGCUCAUGGUCCAGGUGGAUUUGCAUUCUUCAAUUACCUUUUUUUUUUUUUUUUUAAUUAUUUUCAUCAAAAAGAAUGUUUUUAUGGAGCUGCUCGUAGCGUACAUCCACUUUCUACGUCUGGUUUUGGUGGGCUUUUUUUUUUUGAAACAGAAUUUGAUGCCUGUAUUUAACUGCCACGUUCUUCUCCUGAGAUGAACGGCUUUGACUCCCACCCUGAGCUUUGGCACACGAAGGGGAUCCUUGUUUGGGCCUUCUGCCUCCGUCUUGAGUUUCCUUUCAUGGAUUCGCAGAGCAUCUCUCACCACCUGAGCGUAUCUGGACUCUGAAAAAGGACCACCACUUCCAGAACUGUCAGCAUUCUCUGAGGACGCCUUGGCUUUCUCUUCCGCUGGGGGCUCCUUUCUGUCAUUUCCUCGCUGUGUGUUUUCUUAGAGACACUUUGCACAGAAUCACGUUUAUGACUUUUUUGUGCCUUUUGCAUGUUGGAACGAAUAAUGGGCCUCACUGCUACUCAUGCUUUGAAAACUGAGAUCUUCAAUAAACCAUAUGGGAGGAGUAACUGCUUCACAUUUCUAACUGUGUUCAACAAACUUCCAGUCUGGUUUCAAAGCAUGCCCACGUGCAGCAGGAUGCGCAGGUGGUUUGUGCUUUUCCUUUUGUGUCGUAUUGGUAUAAAAUUCACACGGAAACAAAGCUUAUUGCUCUUACAAGGCGCUCAUUUCAGUAAGCACUCCUCUGGCUGGUUUUCAGAGCAUUCUGGUGAUCCCCGCGAGUAACGCUGCAUCUGUAGGCUUGGGGAAGUAUGCCAAGUGUGGCUGAAGCAAUACGUGUGGCAAUGCCUCCAACUCAAAAGUGAUCUUUCUGCCUUGGAAAGCUGCAGCAUUUCCCAGGAGCUUUGGUUCUUGAUACGAGCUGGCAGUCAUGGAAUUGUGAAUGCUGAGCGGGAGUUACGGGAGCUGAGCACGCAGGGAGGGAUCAGAUGAAAGCAAAAUGCACACAGUUGAACUGUGCUUGUCAUGAUUGUAUGGGCUGCUCUGACAUACUGCUGGAACACAAUCUGUGCAGCUGCAAAAGCACUGUGUGACACAUUACCCCCAGUGAUGAAGAUCACACUAUUGUGUGUGAGAACCCAAAUCCACCACCUGUGCAGGCGCCUGUAGCUAAGGCUAUUGAGUGAAACAUCAGACAUGCUCCCUCAAAUAUGGUUACCAAUUUGCUCCGUGGUAUCAACCACUCCAGGGAAAAAAAUAGUUCUUUUGCUUCUUUUUGAAGAGGGAAGCAGGGGGUUCUGUGAGGCCAUCUCUUCUGUUAAUCUGAAAGGUGUAAGAACAUAAUGAUGUCCGUGAUGCUACAUUCCACAGAAUACGUUGCAUACACCGAAACAAAACCCUUACCACGGAUUUCACCCCCUUCCCUUUGUAAGCUGCUCUGCAGACACAUUCCCUGGUGAUCUCCAAGAGCCAAUUAAAUAUACACACCAAAUGUAGAAAGGAAUAGUAAUUGGGGUAAAAAGCCACAAAACUCAGUGAGAAGAAGAACAAAUACUCCCACAGAGCAAAAAAAAAACACUGGACGGAAUAGGGGCUUGUUUUGUUGCAGAGCACUCUGUUAUAAUACAGCUGCUGUAAGGAUGCGAGGCAGAGCCAAUGUACAGAGCAAUGCACAGGUCAGCUCAGACCAAAAUGUGACAGCUGCCUGUUAUGUUGCUUCACGCUUUGUUGGAAAGCCACAGAUGCUGUGGUGAUGAGCCUUUGUUUUGGACCAAAUAAAAGAAAAAAUCAGUGAAGGCAGUGCGACUCUCUCUCGCUGAGCCUUGUUUCCCUACCUUGGUAAUGAAAAAAUACCACAAGUUUUCUCCAGGGCAAAGCAAUCUCCAAGAGUGAUAAAAGGCAAUUACAGUGACAGCAGAGGCUGGAGCAUGCUGAAAUGAACCAGGAGAUGAAUGUGACCACCCCAAUCGAUCCAGAUUAGUGACUUACUAUGAAGUAGCCCUGUGGUGAUUACAGGCUGUCAUAAUAAAAGGUUGCUUUCUCUCUA